AUGUCCUCUCUCUCUUCUGGCUCUUGUGGACUCAGCCAACCCCAACUGGUGUAAUGCAAAGCUGCCACUAACCUGGUAUAUUCCUACUGUCAAGAGCACGUUUUUUUCUGUAGACGUGUGUUUAUGUCCAAGUAUUUGACUUGAUUUCCCUUUUGCGUAUCUGGAAAAGGGGCAUCCGCUGCCAAAUCACGUAUGGAAAGGUUUUGGGGGGAUUGGAGUAGAAAUGCGCCGCCGCCGCACAUCCAGCCGACAACAAGAAGAACGAUGCAAAGCUUCUAUUGCAAGCAAACCUAUCGCAUCCUGUUUCAUUCCUUACGGCUUUGAUAGGCGAGAUUUUGAUUCAGAUACCGAAGAAGAGGAUUAAAAGUACCUUACUCGCUCAAGGACGCUUAUUUUAAUUUGCUGCAGACGCCUCCUUACACAAACCCCAGCAUUUAGGACCGUUUUUGAUGGAGCUGGAGAACAUUGUAGCCAACACUGUACUGCUGAAAGCCAGGGAGGGUGGAGGAGGAAAGAGGAAAGGUCGGAGUAAAAAAUGGAAAGAGAUUCUUCGUUUCCCUCAUAUAAGCCAGUGUGUGGAGCUGGGCAAAACCAUUGAAAGGGACUAUGCCAGCAUCUGUGAAAGACAACCCAUCGGACGACUUCUCUUCCGUCUUUUCUGUGAGACCAGACCCAAACUGCAGCGAUGUAUCCAGCUUCUGGAUGCAAUGGAAGACUAUGAGGUGACGCCUGAUGAGAAACGGAAAUACCGAGGGGACCAGAUCAUCAAGACUUUUCUUUCAAAAGAUUCACCUCAACAUGUCGACAUUGUGGAAGGCUUUGUGGACCAGUGCAGAGAGAACCUGCAGAUCAGUCCAUGUAAGGAGAUCUUCAGCAACUGCCGCAAGGCUGUCCACGACUACCUUAGUGGUGCUCCUUUCGCCGACUACCAGAACAGCAUGUACUUUGACCGCUUUCUGCAGUGGAAGAUGCUGGAAAGGCAACCAAUCACGAAGGACACAUUCAGACAGUACAGGGUGCUCGGUAAAGGCGGAUUUGGAGAGGUGUGUGCUUGUCAGGUUAGAGCCACAGGGAAGAUGUAUGCCUGCAAGAAGCUAGAGAAAAAGAGGAUCAAAAAGAGGAAAGGGGAGUCCAUGGCACUCAACGAGAAACAAAUUUUAGAGAAAGUCAACAGUAGAUUUGUUGUAAGUUUAGCAUAUGCGUAUGAGACCAAAGACGCCCUGUGUUUGGUGCUGACCAUCAUGAACGGAGGGGACUUGAAGUUUCACAUUUACAACAUGGGGACACCGGGAUUUGAGAAGGACCGGGUCCAAUUUUAUGCUGCUCAAAUCUCCUGUGGACUGGAGCACCUGCACAGGGAGUCAAUAGUCUACAGGGAUUUAAAACCAGAAAACAUUCUUUUAGAUGACAAUGGACACAUUCGUAUUUCGGAUCUGGGGCUGGCCAUCAAAGUGCCUGAAGGAGAGCUAAUCAGAGGAAGAGUGGGGACAGUUGGCUAUAUGGCUCCAGAGGUAAUAAACAAUGAAAAGUAUGCCAUGAGUCCAGACUGGUGGGGUCUGGGCUGCCUAAUUUAUGAAAUGACAGUUGGACGGUCACCUUUCCGUGCUCGUAAGGAGAGGGUAAAACGUGAGGAGGUGGAGAGAAGAGUGCAAGAGGAAGAGGAAGAGUAUAAUGAAAAGUUUACAGAGGAUGCUAAGGCCAUCUGUCGAAUGCUGCUGACCAAAGACCCAAAGCAGAGACUUGGCUGCCAGGCGGACAAAGCUGCAGGAGUGAAGGCACACUUAUUCUUCAAAAACAUCAACUUCAAGAGACUUGAGGCCGGGAUUGUGGACCCACCAUUUGUGCCUGAUCCUCGGGCCGUCUACUGUAAAGAUGUUUUGGACAUUGAACAGUUCUCCACAGUCAAGGGAGUCAAUUUGGACCAAACUGACAAUGACUUUUACUCUAAAUUUGCUACAGGCAGCGUUUCCAUCCCAUGGCAGAAUGAGAUGAUAGAGACAGAGUGCUUUCGAGAUUUGAAUGUUUUUGGACCACAAGGGACACGACCUCCAGAUCUUGACUGGAACCAGCCACCAGAGCCCCCCAAGCGCAGCCUACUGGACCGAAUCUUCAGGAGACAUCACCCAGAGGUGUCCAUCUCCAACAGCCGAGUGCAGUCUUCCAGCGUCAACUCCGUGGACUCCAUGUCUAAUUCUGCCCCCUAGUGGCCAACGUGGCAGUCACACUUUACAUGCAGAAAUACGAAAUAUGAAAGAAGAGCUCCUAGGAGGGCUUCCUUGCUGCUGUCUGCCCUGGUUUUGACAAGGGUCUUUUAGCAGCCGUUGGAUUCAGCCUCAGUCUAUAAUGGUCAUCCAAGGAACGGACAGUGGGCAUUUCUUUGUGCAUUUCGGAUGGUUUGAGAGGAGACUUUUUGGGACAAACCUUAAUUUUACCCUCAGGAUUGUUGGACUAUAGAACAGAGCCACUGAAGAGGAUAGUAAAACAAGCUAAAUAUUCAGGGGAUCCACUGUAUAUGAAGACCACCACAGGGAACAGAGGAUGGGGUCUUGGUGAAUUUCUCUCUUGAAAGAUUCUUCUCUCUUAACUUCCGGGCUUGUAUAUGUCGUAUUCUCUUCAUCCCUAUUUACUACAACCAUGGCCAUAUGCACCUGUCACCAACAUCCACCCUGUAGUAUUUUUAUAAUAUUACUGUAUAUAUAAUCUGAAGACCAUGAACAUAACCCAAGAAACCUUUUAUUAAAAUGUCCAAAACAAAAUCACAUGACCACAAGGGUAAAUAAUCAUGAUGACACCAGAACUGAACUGAGAUUAGGACAGAAUUAGGUCCAAACCAUGACUGAAAUCCAGUGUAUUAUUAUUAUUAUUAUUAUUAUUAUUAAGAGGAUACAAAUCCUUAAUGAAACCAUUACUAAAUCAAAACUACUCAAGUAAUCUGGAUACAGUGUUUCUCAUUUAUAUAGGGGACUAGUAGGGCCCCCCAUUAAUUUUUACCCCGGUCUAAAAACAAGUUUAUGCAUGUAGUACAGUCAUAAACUUAAAUGAGUAAAUAUGUUGAAUUUGUAAUCAGUGUUUUUUAUCACUAAGGAAUUGGAGUGAGAGUAAAUGCUAAAAUUGUAUUAAAUUAAAUAAUUCAAAUAUGGAUGGCCAUAAUAGUCCCAUUAUAAAUCUAUUAGAAACAUUGCCAGAUAUCAGCAUACGUACAGUAAAUUAAUCUUGACUUAAAUAGAGGAUACAUUAGCCUUACACUAGAAAUUACCCAGGAUUACUUCAAGAGUAAACUAGACCUCAGUCAAGAACAACGGACCUUAGCAUUUCAAAUGUUUCUAUGUACGGCCCUGUCUAUACCCUGUGCCUGCACCUCUUGUACAACUAUAUUAACUUAUUUACUUUGAAUAUUACACAUCCCAUUACCUCAGACGAUCACUCCUAAACAUUCACAAACACAUCACCUCGGCAACCUCAGCACAUUGAUGUACAUUGCCUUGCGUAUACUCAGGCCAAAGAUGACAGUUUUUGGUUGUGUGAUUUUGUUGUCAUGCUGAUGAAAUUUUGGCUUUUGCGAUUUGUUUGUCAUCAACAUGAAAGAGGUCAAAUCCUGGAACUGUUUUCUAGAUAUAAAUAUGAGCCUGCAGACAUAUCAUACGCUUUAAGCCCAGUAGGCUACAUAAUGACUGACAGAUUUGUGAGAAUUGUGUUUAUUGUGAAUUGAUGCAUGGACAAAGUGUAAGUAUGAACAGCUGUAUCCCUUUGCGCUUCUGCAUACCUCAUUCCACUGAUGGUGACAUUAGGGCUGCAUGAUAUUGUUGUAACAUUGAAUAUUGCAAUAGUUAUAUUUGCUCCCUGUAUUUGGAUACAUGCUCACAUUUGCAAUUCAGCAUUAAAUUAUAAAAACAUAGGGCUGAAUUACUACCUUCUACAUCUAAAGAAAUAAACAAGGAAAUGUUAUUACCGUAUUUUCAUGGCUAUUAGGCGCGCUCUUAAGCCUCUAACCCUGGCCGCACGCCCCGCAAUCCAGAGCGCCCUAUACACAAAUCCACUCGGGUGUCCCAGCACGACUUCAGUAAACUACAAAGCCGCACCACCUGCAGCGCACGCAAACACACAUGGAGCAGACAGCGACUAUGCAGCGAAACACACCCGCAGCCACACUCAUCACUCCACAUGGACAAGGAACGGAACAGAGGAACGAACCGAAAAAGCAAGUGCAAUGUGCCACUUCUAGAGACAACUGAAUAACUGAGUCACUGCAAAUACACCAACAAUCCAGCGGUCCCAGACAGCACCCUCCCUACGUGCCACAAUUGAACAAAGCCCAGAGUCACCGUGAACGCGCCAAACAAAGUCCGACUGACCCAACUAACUGUUUCUUUUAAAGUCCGGUGCGGUUUAUUUGUGAAAAAAGUUCGAAAAUAGACCAUUUAAUGACAAUGCGUCUUAUAAUCCAGAGCGCCUAAUAGCCCGGGAAAUACGGUAAUAGUAAAAUGAUGUAAUUGACUUUUAAGAAAUCAAUAAUUGUAAUUGACAAACUAAUUAUCUAUUGAUCCUUUUAAUGAACGGAAUUGCAUUUUACCUCACGCACUAUUGCAUUUGCCAAGAUUGUGAUACAUUUUCUAUAUAUUGUGCAGCCCUAGUUAUCAUUGUAUACAACACAAGUCUCUCUCGGUUUACCACGUCACUUUAUAUUUGACAAUAUGUGAAGUUUGUACAGAAAUCUCCUGUUUCGCUUUUUUCCUCUCUCUACUUUCUGCACAGUCACUGCCCCAUCGAGUGGAGAGGAGCACAUGCACUCAGCCGAACUUACAAGUUGCACAUUUUAAAAAACUAAUGUCAUUUUUUUUUCAAGGCACAUUGUUGUAUAGAUAUUGUCAUACAAGCCGUUCUUUUUCUACUGUUACUUUUGGAGCUUUUCAGAAUAAGUGUCUUUUUGCUCUCCCUAUGCCUUCACCGUCUAUGAACAACUGCUGCAUUGCGUCAUUGUCGAAAUAUUUGUGUCUAUGAUAUACUAUAUGCUAUGACAUUUGCUUUUUUUUAGAUGUUCUUCAAAAUGCCUCACAAAACUUAUCAGUCUUCCUCUUGUGCAGUGUCCAACCACAAAUGAAGACAGGGUAUUUAACAGCUGCAGGAAGUGGGGAAAAAAAAGUUUUAUUUUGAAAGGAGCACAGUUUGCAAAACACAUGUUGAUAAAUUUAUAAUAUUGUGGAAACGUUGCAUUAUUUGAGUAGAUCUAUCUAGUUGUGUAUGUAGUGUGCAGUGAAUUGCAAACUGAUUUAAAGAGGCACUAUGUAAUUUUUUGGUUCUGGGUUCGUCACCUGCUUAUGGAUAGAUCAUUGCUCUGCUUGGAAUGUUCCACAGUAUGAUAACAGCUCUACUUUACAUUUAUUCAAAUACAGGUGAUUUUAUUGUUCAAAAAUACUUUAAAAAAAAAAAACAACAACAAAAAACAGGCAUGCUGACUGUGAGCAGGGUUACCUCUUCAAAGAUCUGACCUGUAACUUGGUCUAGUUUGGUUUUCAUGAAGAUAGAAAGGUUUCAUAUCAUACUGUGAAACAUUCCAGACAAAGCAAUAACAUCUCCAUGGAGAAAAGCAUUUGACAGACCUUCCACCAGAAAAAUUACACAAUGCACAUUUAAAUUUCACUAUAGCCAGGCUUUAAACUGUCACGAUGAAUAAACUGCAUUUUUAUAAAUAUUUAAUAUUACCAUCUUUUUUUUUAAAUUUACAGUACAGAUGCAAUGAAAAAGGUGGAGUGAAGAAAUGGCCCAUAGUGCAUAUAGAUAAUAGUAUAUAAUCUACAAAAUAUGAAUUUCACUUUGAAUUCCACAAUAUUGUAUCUAUAAACGUGUGUAUUAUUGGGUAGGGAAAGAGGAAGACACACAACACACAAAGAAGUGGCCUUUUCCACAGCGACACAGCCAAUUAAAACAGAGCAAGGGUUACAGCUCUGCUCUAUUUACGAAUGUCUUUUUUCCUAUUUUAAUAUAUCUUCUACUAUAGUGGUCCAUGCAGUAACUGAAUUGUCUUUACCAAUCUCACACACAAGCCUGUUUCUUCUCUACAUAGUACUUGAUAAAGGAGUAUAUUUAUAGUAUAUAAAUCAGACUGAAGUGCCUCCUUGUAAGCAUGCUCUCCAAUUUCCACACAGACAUUAGCACUUUGUUGUUCCUCUAUUGUUUCUACCAGAAGACCCCAGAUUUAUGAUGUUAAAGGUUGUGGUAAAGGGAAGAUAUAGGAGGAUGUGGUUGUAGAGUUGGGAGUUUCCUUGUUUAAUGUGAUGUACAGAAAAGUGCUGAGUGCAUGUGAAAGCCAAGUCCACUGUGUCCUUCGAAUCCCAAUAAAUUCUGUGCUAUAGUUUGAAUACUCCA